UGCACGUUGACCUCCGGUUCCGGAUCCGCUGGCAAAGAUGGCGGCCGCCAGGUACUGGAGGUUUGUUCCCCGUGGCCGGGGACUGUCCCUGCACACCGCUGCUGAAGCGUCCGACCUGGCCACGGACACGAGCGGCCCAGAUGUAGCGGCGACGUCUCGCGUGCGGUACCCGCCCAUCUUGGCUUCCCUGACCGCCGACAGCGAGGCGGCGCGGCAGCGGAGGGUGCAGCGGUGGCAGGCGGCGGUGCACGCGGCCCAGUCGGUGGACGAGAAGCUGCGAAUUCUCACGAAGAUGCAGUUCAUGAAGUACGUGGUGUAUCCGCAGACCUUCGCCCUGAACGCCGACCGCUGGUACCAGGGCUUCACCAAGACCGCGUUCCUGUCGGGCCUGCCGCCCGCGCCCCCGCCGCCCCCGCUGGACCUCGCGGCCUUGCGCGCCGCCGCCUGCGACUGCAUCCUGCAGGAGCACUUCUACCUGCGCCGCCGCCGCCGGCCGCCCCUCUUCCAGGAGCGCCAGACCCUCGCCGCGCCGUUCCUGGACCAGUUGGUGGCCACCCUCGUGAGUCUGCUCAUCCCCCUGAACCCAGUCCUGGCCACCGCCUCCCUGGAUUAUAAGCGCCCUGUUCACUUUUACUGGUUGCGUGGUGAAGAAAGUAUUCCUGCUGGUCAUCGAAAAGGCCGAAUUGAUGCUUUACGAUACCAAAUAAAUGAUAAACCGCACAACCAGAUUCGGAUAUCUGAACAACUCCCAGAGUUUGUGCCAUUGGACUAUUCUGUUCCUGUAGAAAUUCCUGUUAUGAAAUGUAAACCAGACAAGCUUCCAUUAUUCAAGCGACAAUAUGAAAACACCAUAUUUAUUGGCUCAAAAACAGCAGAUCCAUGCUGCUAUGGUCACACCCAGUUUCAUCUGUUACCUGACAGUUUAAAUAGGAAAAGACUUUUGAAACAAAACCGAGCUGAACAGGUAGAAGUUGUUUUUAGAGCCAACGCUAUUGCAAGCCUUUUUGCUUGGACUGGAGCGCAAGCUAUGUAUCAAGGAUUCUGGAGUGAAGCAGAUGUUACCCGACCUUUUGUCUCCCAGGGUGUGAUCACAGAUGGAAAAUAUUUCUCUUUUUUCUGCUACCAGUUAAAUACUUUGGCACUGACUGUACAAGCUGAUCAAAAUAACCCCCGUAAAAAUAUAUGUUGGGGGAUACAUAGUAAGCCUCUUUAUGAGACAGUGGAGGAUAAUGAUGUGAAAGGCUUUAAUGACGAUGUUCUCCUGCAGAUGGUUCACUUUCUUCUGAAUAAACCAAAAGAAGACAAGUCACAGCUGCUGGAAAGCCAGGAGAAAACAUGUGACUCAGGACUUUGAGGGUAUUUACAUUUCAGUGGAGGAACAAUAAAAAGAAUUUUAAAGAUUCUGUAACUGUCAGUUAUUAAACACACUUAUUUUUG